CCAGCCGGGAACCAUGGCCGCCCGGGGCGGAGGCUGACCAGCGGCACGAAAUGAAGGCGAAGAACCUACUUGAGCAGUGUCUGAAGUUUUAUAAUGGAUUAUGGGACUGUGUGCUGAUGAGCCAGCAAGUGGAAUGCCUGAGUGACUGAAGAAAAUGGGUGCUAAUGCUUCGAACUACCCUCAUUCGUGUUCCCCAAGGGUAGGGGGAAAUUCUCAGGCACAGCAGACAUUCAUAGGAACGUCAUCCUAUUCUCAUCAAGGCUAUGGCUGUGAAUCCAAACUCUACAGCCUUGACCAUGGCCAGGAGAAACCUCAAGACAAGAAAAAGAAAAGCUCUGGCCUCGCCACCCUCAAAAAGAAGUUUAUUAAGCGCCGGAAGUCUAGCCGGUCUGCUGAUCAUGCCAAGCAGAUGCGUGAGCUCCUCUCAGGCUGGGAUGUCAGAGAUGUCAAUGCAUUAGUGGAAGAGUAUGAAGGAACGUCAGCCUUAAAAGAGCUUUCACUACAAGCUAGUUUGGCAAGACCAGAAGCCAGAACGUUACAGAAAGACAUGGCUGAAUUAUAUGAGUUUAAAUAUUGUACGGAUGUAGAUCUUAUAUUUCAAGACACUUGUUUCCCUGUGCAUCGUGCUAUUUUGGCAGCAAGGUGUCCCUUUUUUAAGACCCUGCUUUCUUCUUCACCAGAGUAUGGUGCAGAGAUUAUAAUGGAUAUCAACACCGCUGGCAUAGACCUGCCCAUGUUCUCUGCUUUGUUACACUACCUGUACACAGGAGAGUUUGGAAUGGAGGAUUCGCGGUUUCAAAACGUUGACAUCCUCAUGCAGCUUAGUGAGGAAUUCGGAACACCAAAUUCUUUAGAUGUUGACAUGCGAGGGCUCUUGGACUAUAUGUGCUACUAUGAUGUGGUUCUCACUUUUUCAUCUGACUCUGAACUGGUUGAAGCUUAUGGUGGAAGUCAAACGUGCUUAGAUGAGGAGCUCAGAGCGCACAAAGCUAUAAUUUCAUCACGGUCCCCCUUUUUUCGACAUCUGCUGCAGCGCAGAAUACGGACGGGUGAAGAAAUCACAGAUCGAACACUAAGGACUCCAACUAGGAUUAUACUGGACGAAUCAAUCAUACCAAAAAAAUAUGUGAGAGUAAUUUUAAACUGUAUGUAUACCGACAUGGUAGACCUCUCUAUUUUGCACAGUAGUCCUUCAGUGGGGAGUCUGAGUGAAGUUCAGGCUCUUGUGGCAGGAAAGCCAAACAUGACGAGGGCUGAAGAAGCUAUGGAACUUUACCACAUAGCGCUCUUCUUGGAGUUUAACAUGCUUGCUCAAGGUUGUGAGGAUAUUAUUGCGGAGAGCAUCUCUCUAGACACCUUAAUUGCCAUUCUCAAGUGGAGUUCUCAGCCAUAUGGCUCCAAGUGGGUACAUCGCCAGGCACUCCAUUUCCUCUGUGAGGAGUUUACCCAGGUCAUGACUUCAGACGUCUUUUACGAGCUCUGCAAAGAUCACCUGCAAACUGCUAUUCAGUCUGACUACUUACAGGCAAGCGAGCAAGAUGUGCUCAAGUACCUUAUUAAAUGGGGAGAGCAUCAGUUGAUGAAAAGAAUAGCAGACCGAGAGCCUAACUUGCUGAGUGGCACAGCUCACAGUGUGAACAAGCGAGGUGUGAAGAGGCGAGACCUUGAUAUCGAAGAGCUCAAAGAGAUUCUGUCUCCUCUCCUGCCCUUUGUACGCAUUGAACAUAUUUUGCCCAUGAACAGUGAAGUGCUGACUGAUUCUAUGAAAAGAGGCCUCAUUAGUACUCCUCCUUCGGACAUGUUGCCCACAGCAGAGGGGGGCAAGUCAAAUGCGUGGCUACGGCAAAAGAAUACGGGAAUAUACGUGAGACCAAGGCUAUUCUCGCCCUAUGUGGAAGAAGCCAAGUCGGUUCUAGAUGAGAUGAUGGUGGAACAGACGGACCUGGUUCGUUUGCGGAUGGUUAGAAUGUCCAAUGUACCAGACACUCUUUACAUGGUAAACAAUGCAGUUCCUCAGUGCUGUCACAUGAUAAGUCACCAGCAAAUGAGCAGUAACCAGUCCAGCCCUCCUUCAGUUGUAGCCAAUGAAAUCCCAGUUCCUCGUCUGUUGGUUGUUAAAGAAAUGGUCAAACGGCUGCAGGAACUCCGCCAUACGGAGCAGGUGCAAAGGGCUUACGCUUCCAACUGCGGAGAAGGUGCCACCGUCAGUUUUGAGAUUCAGAUCCGUGUGCUGAGGGAAUUUGGGCUUUCUGAUUCCGCUGCAGAGCUCUUGCAGAAUCCUCACAAGUUUUUCCCUGAGGAGCAUUUUGGCGAUGAAAGCCCGCUGUUGACCCUGAGGCAGUCAGGGGGGCGAUGCCGGGUGAACAGCACGCCUGCCGCAGAAACCCUGUUUACAGAGCUCGACUCUUUUGUGGCCUUCCAUCCGCCGCUGCCCCCUCCCCCACCCCCUUACCAUCCGCCAGCCACUCCGAUUCACAACCAGUUCAAAGUCGGGUGGAAGCAACGGGCCCAGAGCCAGCAGCACCCCUCGCGGUCCUUCUCGUACCCCUGCAACCAUUCCUUGUUCCACUCCAGAACGGCGCCGAAAGUGGCCCCGCCCAUCUACUUGUCCGGGGUGAAAGCCAUGCCUCCCGAUUGCACUAACACUACCGGGCUGGGAAGACAAACUGUGGCGGCGGCAGCUGUGAUGGCGGCCGAAAAGCAAGCGGGUACACAGCCUGUGCUCAAUGAGCUGAUGCCAGACAUUGCAAUGGGCGUGUCAACGAUGUCUCUCAAGGACAGGAGGCUGCCGGAGCUCACUGUUGACACAGAGCUUAGCCAGCCUGUUUUGGAGAUUGGACCAGGACCACCCCAGCACAUCUCAUGCAUUCAGACGAGGCACACGCACAGUUCCCGGAAGAAGCAUUCCAUCGAGCAGAAGCUGGAUACAAGGGAGAAUUCGCAGGAAUAUCCGGAUUUCUAUGAUUUCUCCAAUGCUGCUUGCAGGCCUUCCACUCCAGCUCCUGGCAGGCACUCUCCAUCACCUUCCCAAGCUGUCUAUUUUGGCCCGGAUUUGUAUAGCCACAACAAAGCAUCACCCAGCGGCUUAAAGCCCGCCCACCUGCCUAAUCAUCUCUCUCCUAAAAAGCUUGAGGACCCUAGGAGAGAGUACGUGCUUUCUCAAGAAGGGCAUCCCCACAGACAAAAGAGCGAACCGAUACACCUCGAUGUCUUAGAGCAGCCGCCCCAGAGGUUGGGCCUGGCGUUGGCUGCCCAAGAGAACAUCGGGAACGGCCCGGCUCACGCGAGGGGACGAACAAAGAUGGAGACGGACUUGACCUACGGCCUGACUGCCAGCCGGCCUCCUCUGCCUGCCUACGGUUCAGGGAGCCACGAAGAGCAAUCUGGCCGCAGGCUGGCGAACACAGAGCCUCUCGAUCACGAAGCACAGAGAAACGCAGAUUUGGAAAGGGAAGAGGCGGUCAGCAGAGGGAGGCGGUCUCCCAGCAAACCAGACUUCCUGUACAAAAAGUCCGCCCUCUGAAAACCACUUCCACUUCUUCUCUGUGCCUCAGAAUUGUGACCGACCCAGUCCUUUUGCAACCUUUGGCCUGACGUUGUCAGGCAAGUGCAUAAUGCCAGCCG